UAGUACUGGGCAGAAAUGGCUGCAAGUGGCCGAGGACUCAGCCGGGUCUUAGGUGCCUCUUCUUGCCCUGCUUGGAGAGGAGCUCAUUGGGAAGCCAGAGGACGCCUAAAGCCUGAGUACGAUGCCGUGGUGAUAGGAGCAGGUAACCAGGAUGUGCUGGAGCUGAGGGGCAGGAAGGCAGCCCUGCUCAGAGCCCGGGGGGGUGGGGGGGGUGGGGGAGUGGAGUUGGGGGCGCACUCCCAAGCCCCACCCCUCCCUCUCCUGUGUCCACAGGAUGGCCAGGGUUUGGGCCAGAACAGAGUCGGGGGGGCGGGGCAGGGGUGGAAAGCCCACUUAGUCUGCGAGCAGGCACCAAGGUUGUGGGGCUGGCUCUGCCAUCAACUUGCUGUGUGGUCUGGGGCAGACUCUUGCCCUCUCUAGGCUUUGGUGUUCCCUUCUAGAAUGACCAGAGAAGAAUAGGUGAGCGCAGGGGUUUCCAUGUAUCUCCUGCAAAAUUAGCGCCUUGGCACCACAUUCUUAGAAAGCCUAUGGUACACAAGGAUUGGAAAGAAAGAGCCUUGGGAUAACAGACCCAUGAAAUCCAAUCAUACCAAGUGCCCUGACUUCUGGUCGCCACCACUUCACCAGUAAGACCAUGUAUCCCCCAAGGAAACUGGACAGUUCUAUAAAGGGGGGUUAGGGAAAAAUAGAAAUGAGUCGCAUGUCUGCAGAGGCUAACAGCCCCUGCUGUCUUUCUUGCACAUCUGCUGCACUUCGCUGACCCCCAGGCUACAGAGUGUCUGAUUCUGACACAUGACUGUGCGAGGGCGUGGGGCUGGGAGAAGGUUACCUUUGCUCAGACCCUUCCAUUCACACUCCCUAGGGGCCUCUUCUGGCAUUCUCUCCCACUGGGCUUAGACAGACAAUGGCAGGAUUGAAAGAAGACGUUCGUUACACAGUUUUAAAGCUGCAUCCUGUUCUGACAUCUCUUCAUUUUUGUAUGUUCUAAGAGCAGUCAUGGCCAGUUAAUGUUUUUAACGGUCACCUCUCCAGGGAAAAAUGUGUGCAAAUAUAUAUAUGUAAGUUUAGUAUAAAUACUGAAAUGAAAGAAGCAUAGCACACGAUUUUACAAAUAAGAUACGCAAUACUCUAAAUUCCAGGUGGCCAACUGGCUGUCUUCAAAUUUCUGGGAUUUUUGCUACACUUAGCAACCUUCUGGUUCCUACUGACAAAUAAGGCUAAUGCCCAAGGGAAUGUUUGACCUUUUGAUUGACUUCAAAGAGUAGAAGUGAAGCAAAGCAACAAAGGUACAUCUGAACUUCACUUGUUCCAUGACGGGAGAGACUUCGCUCAAACAGAUCAUGUUUUUCCGUUCUGGGAGAAUACUUUCUUAAUUCUUUGUGCUUUUUCACCAUGGAACAGCCAGGGACACAGCACAUGGUUGGGUUCCAUCUGCAUUGUUAGCGUUUUCUCCAUUGCUUUCAUAACUCUAACCAUCAACAAAGCAAUACAUGGAGCCACGAUAUGUAAUGUUCACUGACUUUCAUGGUGCAAAUACUCCCUCCGUGGCCGCCUUCAAGUUACCACGGUGACGCGGUUGCAUGUGAAUUUGGAAAAGAGUCGCAGCAGCCCACUGUGACACUGUGACACAGUGCAGCCUGCUGACGGCUGCUCAGAGGUAAAAAACCACAAGAGCAUAGGUAAUUGUGACACAUAGUAAUAUGAUGUGGGAAGUUGACAAGUUUUGAGUAUGUAUGACCUUUGUUUAUAAUUUAUUUCACCAUAAGUUUAUAUAAUUUAAAUUGUAGCAAUGGCUGUGUUUGACAACUGUCACAAACCUCCUGGCUGGGGGGAAACCAGCUGUAGACCUAACUGGGUGCAGUAAAUGGCACUGCGCCCCCCCCCCCCAACUCCCUUUCUGCCCUUGGUGACGGCACACCCCUGCUGCCUUCUGGCAGGGACAGUUGACUCCAGGUCACCAGAUGCCAGGGUGAAUAGCCCACAUGUGUGUGAGUCUCAGAUGUGAGUUUUUGCUUGACAUUGUUUAAUUGCUGCACAUAAAGGGAAGCCCCGUUUAAGGGCAUUUGGGGACCAAGUAAGGAACAGAGUGGCCAUCUUCCGAGAGAAGGGUUAUCUCUGCUCCCUGAGGUCACACCACUACCUGGGAGCCACCUUGAAGAUGACCCUGAUUAGUCACUUGACUAAAUAUGCCUAAGAGUGACCCAAGGAGCUUGUUAAAAUGCAGUUCCUGGGCCUUGCCCCUGGUGAUUAGGAUUCAGUGGAAGUCAGCACAUCUGACCAGAAUUUGGAGUGGGCCUGACACGGGCAGCUGCAGGCCACAUUUGAAAGUCCGAGUCCAGGGGCGCCUGGGUGGCGCAGUCGGUUAAGCGUCCGACUUCAGCCAGGUCACGAUCUCGCCGUCUGCGAGUUCGAGCCCCACGUCAGGCUCUGGGCUGAUGGCUCAGAGCCUGGAGCCUGUUUCUGAUUCUGUGUCUCCCUCUCUCUGCCCCUCCCCCGUUCAUGCUCUGUCUCUCUCUGUCCCAAAAAUAAAUAAACUUUGAAAAAAAAAAAAAAGAAAGUCCGAGUCCAGAGCAGCUUCCCUCACGAGCCCCAUGUGCCUGGCUAUCUAUGGAUCCCUGGAGUCGGGCUGGAGGUUAUCAGAGCCUGUAGCUUAAGACCCCCUCAUAGGGGAAGGAGAGGUCACCAGAAGCCACAGGAGGGCCCAGGCAGGACUGGCGAUGGACUAGUGGAGGAAAGAGGGUCCUGGGCUGAUGGAAUCUUGACCUUUGUCAUUUGAGGUCUGUUUGUGCACCUAUGGGCUAACGCGUGAUGACUGAACUGGACCGAGUUGCCUGGAAGCUUUUAUUCAGUUUCUGAGAUUUAUGAUCAGCACUACUCAAGAGACAAAUAGCUACCAUUUAUUGUGGGCCUGCCCAGGGUCAGGUGCUUUACAUAUAUUAUUGGUUUUUCUCCCUCCAACACUGCAAGAAGCCCAAAGCUCAUGGCAGGUCAGAGUGACUCUCCGAGGGCCAUGUUCUGUAAAUAGCAGAAACCAGGUUGAGCCCAGGACAGUCUGCCUUUAAUUUGAUGUUUAUAUUAGAGAGCAGGACUUUUCAAACUGCAGGUUGCAACCCAUUCAUGAAUCCCAUCCAGCGUAUUUUUUAAACCUUAUUAAGAAACUUUUCAAAAUAUAUAAAAACAGUAGGUUGACUCAUCUUUCCAAAUGAAAUAUAAUUAAAUGGAUUUUCACAUGCUUAUCACGUGGAUGAGUUGAUAUUGUUCAUGAAGCUUUUGUCUGUUAAAUACAUUUCUAGGUGGGUUGUGUACCAAGUCACGGUGUAAAACGCACUUCCUUCUGUGGCUCAUGGUCAAAGGGAGUUGAAAAGCUCUGUUUUAGAGAUUCCUUUAAUGGAAGAGAAGUUGGCUCAAUGACUUCUCAAAUUCUGGGAGUCUCUGUGUGGAAAAUGUAAAACAAAAUCUGCUCAGCCAUGAAGAGAUCCAUCAUGUGGGUCAUUGCUGCCUCCUAUUUAUGGAUGUUUGUCAAAUUAAUGGCUGAACGUUUUAUUUGAGUGAACACCGGGUUCAGGUUGGUGCUCAGAGAACAUAGUCUUCUACUGACAUCCCUGAAGACUCAGAGUGACCUUCUGUCACCAAGGAGGAAUGUGUGCCAAGUGUUCCAGACAAGGCCUGUCCCCACUACUUGAAAACAACCAGGGCCUGUUCUCUGCCCGACAAGGGAUUCUUCAUCAGCAGCUCCGCCUUAUCCUGAGAGUGAGGGAAGAAGAGGCCUUCCCACCCCACUGGCUGUGCUUGGCUCUGAUGGCCACAUCAGAAUGACCUGGGGGCUUGUGAGAAAUCCGUCCCAGGGCCCCGCCUUCACCCUGCUGAGCUGACUGGGGAGGGGUCCUCAGGUGGUCCUGAAGCUUCUCGAAACAGGAGAAGCACUUGCUACCAGGGGGGCCUGGUGUGCAACAUGGGAUCCUAAGUCAAGUUUAGGGCUCCUAACCCAGGGGCAGCCCUCCUAAGAUCUUUGGAAAGAAACUUAAACAUGUAAAAUAGCAAAGUUCACCCAAUCAGCUGGCACUCCUUAAGCUGUCUGUGUUCAGUUACUUCAUUUUGAACUGUUCCCAUCUUACCCCAGGAAUGUUGGUGGUUGACAAAGACAAAGUCAUGUGACUAAAGCCUUCCGGGGCACUACAGUGAACCACGCUUGGGGAGAACAAGCCACAUUGGACAGCAGCCGUCCACAUGCCCAGCACGCACCUGGACGGCCGGUGAUUCCACACCUGACAAGGAGGGCUUGUCUGCCUAGCAGCAUACCAGCCACGCUCCCCUUCUGUCCCUGCCACGGAAACCGUGACUCUCCCUCACCAGUCACUUGCUCAUCCCCAGGUGCUGGGAAGCCCAGCAAUGCGAGGCUUCGUGAGAUAGCUUUUGUCUGAUGACUGGAUUUCUCCUCACCCAUCACUCCAGCGUGGAGCCACUGGCCAGGCCAGGGUGACGGGACAUUUUUUGAGCCAGGACAAGAACCAGGGUUUUCUGACUCCCCACAGACCAGGUGUUUUAUGGCAUCAAGCUAGAUGCUGUUGCAACAUCCAACUCUCUGCUACCUCCCCAGGAUCUUCACGAGCAUGGGGACAGGGAUGGGUGACCACGUUCCUCAGGCGGCGUACCUGCAGAGACUGGGGGUGAACACGGCAGUCUUCGAGAGACGCCCAGUGAUUGGAGGUGCAGCUGUCACUGAGGAGAUCAUCCCAGGGUUUAAGUUCUCCCGAGCAUCCUACCUCCUCAGCCUGCUGAGGCCACAGAUUUACACCGACCUGGAGCUGAAGAAACACGGGCUGAGGCUUCAUCUUCGGAACCCCUACUCCUUCACCCCAAUGCUGGAAGAGGGCACAGGGAACAAGGUCCCCAGGUCCCUUCUUCUGGGCACAGACAUGGCGGAAAACCAGAAGCAGAUUGCCCAGUUCUCGCGGAGAGAUGCGCAGGCCUUCCCCAAAUAUGAGGCAUUCAUGAAUCGGUUGGCAUUAGCCAUAGACCCUCUGCUGGAUGCAGCACCGGUGGACGCAGAGGCCUUCCAGAGGGGUUCCCUGCUGCAAAGGCUCAAGUCGCUCUCCACCCUCAAACCCCUGCUGCAGGCAGGUCGCGUGCUGGGAGCCCAGCUGCCCCAGUAUUACCAGGUCCUCACAGCUCCAAUUACAAAGGUGCUGGAUCAGUGGUUUGAGUCCGAGCCUCUAAAAGCCACUCUGGCAACGGAUGCUGUGAUCGGAGCCAUGACAAGUCCCCACACUCCGGGGAGUGGGUAUGUGCUGCUACAUCACGUGAUGGGGGGCCUCGAGGGGAUGCAAGGGGCCUGGGGCUAUGUCCAGGGUGGCAUGGGUGCCCUCUCUGAUGCCAUCACCAGCUCAGCCACUGCACAUGGAGCAAGUGUCUUCACUGAAAAGGCAGUGGCCAAAGUGCAGGUGAGCAGCGAAGGGCGCGUCCAAGGAGUGGUGCUGCAAGACGGCUCGGAGGUGAGGAGUAAGGUGGUGCUGUCCAACGCAUCUCCACAGGUCACCUUCCUGAAGCUGACACCACAGGAAUGGCUUCCUGAGGAGUUCGUGGACAGGAUCUCCCGACUAGACACCCAGUCACCUGUUACCAAGAUCAAUGUGGCUGUCGACAGGCUGCCUGACUUCCUGGCGGCCCCCAAUGCUCCCGGGGGCCAGCCACUGCCCCAUCACCAGUGCUCCAUCCACCUGAACUGUGAAGACACCCUCCUCCUCCACCGGGCCUUUGAAGAUGCCAUGGAUGGCCUGCCUUCCCACAGGCCUAUGAUUGAGCUCUGCAUCCCUUCCUCGCUGGACUCUACCCUGGCUCCCCCCAGCUGCCAUGUUGUCUCGCUCUUCACACAGUACACUCCCUACACGCUGGCUGGAGGCAAGGUGUGGGAUGAGCAGGAAAGAAACGCUUAUGCAGACAAAGUGUUUGACUGCAUCGAGGCCUACGCCCCUGGCUUCAAGGGCUCCGUGGUGGGCAGGGACAUCCUCACACCGCCUGAUCUGGAGAGAAUUUUUGGGCUUCCUGGAGGGAAAACAUGCCGGAAGGAAAAGAACCUUCCUUGGAGAAGGGGAGGGGAAGAAACCUGCAAAGGCCGGAAAGACCAUAACACUCCUAUGUCAACGACUGUGGCCCUGCCUCCCGCAGAAUAUAUUCCACUGUGCCAUGACCCUGGACCAGCUCUACUUCGCCCGCCCCGUGCCCCUGCACUCCAGCUACCGCUGUCCUCUCCGGGGCCUGUAUCUCUGUGGCAGCGGUGCCCACCCUGGCCGCUCUCCAAAUGCCAACUUUGGUUGUGGAAGACCCGUGUCCCUGAAUUCCCCCUCCAGAUGUCAGACCAGCGGGAAUUGGAGGAGGCGUCAUGGGAGCCGCGGGACGCAAUGCAGCCCAUGUCGUCUUCAGAGACCUCAAGAGCAUGUGACCCUGAACCGACUCUGACCCAGGACAAAGAAUCUACCCUUGAAAUUUUAAGUCCCCAUUGGGUCAGUUUCCCAGGAUACGGCAGCUGCCCUCAUGCUCAAGGCACUAUUUUAGGAGAAACGUACAGGUUACAUUUGAUACUUGUUAACCUGGUACCCAUGUCUUCAUGAGUGAACCAGUUUUGUGUUAUUAAAAACAAUGUUUUAGAUAA